ACAACUCCUUCCACGUCAUGGAGUUUAAGUUCUCUUCUUAAUGGAAUAGCGGAAUACAGAGAGAAGCUUAAUUUACCCAAUCCAGGUACUUUUGAAGGUCUACACCGUGAGGUCAAAGCAACAUUCCUUACAAACCAACUAUUCGAUGGAGGGAGAGCCGAUCUCACCAGAGUUUUAUCACAAAAUUUACAAGUCACGCAUUCCUUCACCAUGGGUUCAGCUUUAACACCACCGAUGUAUAACUUUGGAGCUGCUUACAUUGGCACAAAAUCCUUCCUUCAUGGCACUAUUGACACAGAUGGAACUUUAUCGGCGCGUAUGAAUUAUGCAUGGAAUGCAAAGAAUGUGACCAAAAUUCAAGCUCAUAUAACAUCAGUACCAGGGCAUUCAAUGCUUCAAUUGGAACAAGACUACCAGGGGUCGGAUUAUUCCAUUAAUUAUAAAACCAUUAAUCCAUCACCGGUUGAAAAUACUGGUAUCUAUAUUUUAAGUUAUAUCCAAUCUGUAACACAGAAGCUUGCCUUGGGUGUUGAAACUGUAUAUCAGAAACCUACGCCAGACAGUGAAGAAUGUUUCAAGUCCUUCGUCGCAAAAUAUAGUGGAAAGAAUUAUAUCGCAACAGUACAAUGGCAAGAAAUUGGCACCAUACAAGCAUCGUACUUCCAAAAGAUUAACGAAAAAGUGGAGUUUGGGACAGAACUUCAAAUUCUUGUAGGAAGAGAACGAAGAGAUGCUUUAUGCACAGUAGGUGGUAAAUUUGAUUUUCGGACGUCAACGCUUAGAGGCCAGGUGGAUACUUCAGGUCGCGUAUGCGUUGUAAUAGAACAAAAAAUAACACCAACACUCAGUUUUCUGAUCACUGGUGAUAUCGAACAUAUGAAGAACGCAUCAAGAUUUGGUGUGGGUAUUCAAUUUGAAGCAUAG